CGCAUCUCUGCUGACAAUCACAGUUCUGCUUUGCGUCGCUCCAAAGUGGAAUGCAACACAACUCAGAAACCGUUAGUUUUGUGCUUUUGCAGAGAUUUUAUGGGUUCGCUCAUUCGUUGGACUUGCAUUGAAGUAUUUUUACGCUUUGAGAAACAUGACUGGAGUUUUUGACAGCCUUAGUACAGAUAUGCAUUCAAACCAGAUUACCUCCAGCAGUUACCACAGUCUGCAUAAGUCCAAGGAAUCCCCGACUCUUCCGGUGUCCACCGCCACCGACAGCAGCUACUACAACAAUAACCAGCAGUGCGCAGGCUCUCCAUACGGCCAGAUCAGCUCUUACCAGUACCAGAACAACAGCAUGAACAGCGUCCAGUACAACACCAAGUCAUAUGAGCUGGGCUUCAGCAACGCGUUUGGUUCCUACGGCACGUUCGGCUCCUGCUCCUCUCCAGCUCCGGCGGAUGCUGAAAAAGAGGAAAGUGAACCUGAAAUUCGGAUGGUUAAUGGAAAGCCAAAGAAAGUCAGAAAACCUCGUACUAUCUACUCGAGUUUCCAGAUGGCGGCCCUGCUGAGGAGGUUUCAGAAGACUCAGUAUCUGGCCCUGCCGGAGAGAGCCGAACUGGCCGCUUCUCUGGGCCUCACACAGACACAGGUGAAGAUCUGGUUUCAGAAUCGUCGUUCGAAGUUCAAGAAGUUGUGGAAGAGCGGUGAAAUCCCUCCCGAGCAGCACGUGUCCUCCAGCGGGUCUCCAGCUCAGCUCUCGCCGCCCCUCGGCGCGGUCUGGGACUUCGCGCACGGCCAGAGAAUGAGCAGCAGCAGUCCCCCGAACACGACUGCGCCUUCAUUUCUGACAGACUACCCCUGGUACUCAUCCACGAACUCUGCGAGCCAUCUACAGCCGCCACAUCACCACAACACAGCUGUCAGCGCCGGGACCAUAUUCUGACUCGACACACAAACCGGGAAUCCAUGAUGUGAACUCGCAUCAGAUGACUUUUAGCAGGCCUGUUUUGCAGUAUGAAUGGUGAGACCUCUUCACCUUCGCCACGCUGAUCUUUGCCAGUGCGUUUGGGGCGUAACACUGUUUCUUAUCAUGCAUUGUCGUCAACAAGCAGAAACUAAAGAAUCAAACAUAUACAAUUAUUUUUGUAUUUAUUUAUUUUGUUUUAUGGCUGAUACAUAAGUGGAUUCAAACCAGUUUUCCACUGAGCAACUAUUAUCCAAAUCCCAGAGAAUUCAUGCGGACAUUAACGGAGUGAAUAUUGCAGCAGGGUGUAGGAGCACAUGUAGCACAACCUGAAGCUGUUCGGUGCCUUCUGACAAUAACUGAACUGUCCCUCUCCACCGUACAUGUGUUUCACGCGCCUGUCUUUGAUAAUUUGUAUUUUUGUAUUUUUCGUUUUAUAGUUAGUGUGUAAGGUGUAAAUCAGGAGUCUGUCUCUGUGCAUGUGUUCCACCGCGUCUGUUUGAUAAUGUUGUCAUUCGUUUGGGAUUCUCACUGUCUUACGUUUUACGUGCAAAACACUAAUGAAAAACACUCGGAAGCUACUGAUUGUCCUAAAGUCAUGAUCACAUUUAAAAAGGUAUUUUCUCCGGAGUAGGCCUACUUUGUUUUUGGUUAUUUAUUUUGAAAAUCGAAUGAAUAUUUCUGCCACUAUAAUGAUUCAGACUUAUUUAAAUAAAGCCUUUCACGUGAA